AUGGAUAUAUUCGGCCGUUGCAACGGCGGCGGCAGCGGAAGCACGGUAGCCGGAAGCGGUGCUGGCUCGGCGAGGACGUCGAGCAACGAGUCCGCCGGUGGUGGUAGUGGCGGCACGCCGAGCGGUACCAGCGAGAGCGGCAGCAGCGCGAGUAGCAGGAUGCAGUUGACAGGAGCCUCGGCUCCUGGAGCGGCGGCCUCGCCAGAGUCGGGCGUCUCUCCGUUGACCGACGCUUACACCAAGAUGACCAGCGACAUCCUCGCGGAGAGGACUCUGGGCGAUUUUGUUAGCGAGCAUCCCGGCGAGCUGGUUAGAACAGGCUCGCCGCAUUUGGUUUGCACCGUCCUGCCGGCGCAUUGGAGGUCCAACAAGACACUUCCGGUGGCUUUCAAGGUCGUGGCCCUCGGCGACGUAGGCGACGGUACCCUCGUGACCGUACGUGCUGGUAACGAUGAAAACUGCUGCGCCGAGCUCAGAAACUCAACGGCUCUAAUGAAGAAUCAAGUCGCCAAGUUUAACGACCUGAGGUUCGUCGGCCGAAGCGGAAGGGGCAAGAGCUUCACCUUGACGAUAACGGUGUCGACGACGCCGCCCCAAGUCGCCACCUACACCAAGGCGAUCAAGGUGACAGUUGACGGGCCGCGCGAGCCGCGAUCCAAGACCAGUGAGUAUCACUGGCAGCAGCAACAAUUUCACGCCUUCGCGUUCGCCUCGCAACGAGGCGGCCCGUUCUUUGCCUCGCCUCUGGUGGACCCGUUGCAACCUCUGCCGAAUCCGUUGCAACCGUUACCGAAUCCGCUCCAGCCGAGGGAUCCGUUGUCUUCCUUUAGACACGCGAUGCCCGGUAAUUGUCAGAGUAAGUUUAUAAUAUAUACGCCACCCCCGCCGCCACCACCGCCGUCAUCGACGUUGGCGUCCUUCGCCGGCACGGCCUCCAUGAAUACGCCGACGGCACCGGACUCGACGGCGGGCUCCACCGUCACAUCCGGCAGCAGCAAUACCGGCUCCACGCCGCAGCAGGACGCCUUCUCCGCGGUCUCGUCUCUCGUACCGGACACCACGACACCGGGCCAGUCUGACCCGCUGGAUCCGCUGAGCAGCCUCAUGACCGGCGGCUCCACCAGCCAGAGGUAUCAGGAUUACGUGUCGCCCAGAUCUCUGUCCACCGACUCAAGCACGACCGAGAGCCCGGUGCACGAGGAGCAAGGUUUCGGGCAGAAUUACGGCAACUACUUUCCGACGCCCGGUGUGCUGCCCAGCAUACUCUACUCCCAGCUUUACGGGAAUCAGUUCCAGAAUUCCGAGAGCGCCGAACAGAGGGCCGUCGCGGACAGUUGCAGCGUGAGGCAAGAAGAAGUUAGACCGGACAACAACGUCUGGAGACCGUACUGAGAGGCGGAGGAAGGUAGUUUCCUAUCCAACGAUUUGGCCGUUGAGAGACCGCACAACUCUUGGAAGACAAGGGGAAAGUGACGCUUGGAAAAAAUCGCUCUUCAAGCUCUCGGUUGAUAAUUGUAGUGCGACAUGGUGAUUCUUCGAAGACUAUCCAAGUGUCAAGGACGAUUCUUGACGACGAAUUAGUGGGCAUUAAAAACUUUAUCCGAAAGGAACUCGGGAGGCGAGUCCGAGCUCCU